UCAUAUUCCUUCAGUUAAUAUUGAAAGCGAGAGUCAAUCCGCGAAGCACCAAUUCUAUUGAAUCACGAUUCAUACCGGCCGUCUCCACCAGCCCUAAGUUCCAAGGUCCUUACUCUUCGACCAACAUCAUAUAGAAAAAUGGCCGCGACUCAGGCCGCCAAUCUCGUCGAAAAGGCUGUCGGCCAUAGUGGCACUGCCACCGUCACCACAGAUAUCAGCAACUACAACAAUGAGCAUGGCGUCGAGACGGGCGAGAAGAUCCGCGCGACGGUGUGGCAGGGGAAGAAUAGCGUUGGAAUUGUCGAAAUGCCGAAACCCCGAGUUGUUGACGCAGGAGAUGUCAUUGUUCGUGUGACGGGGAGUACAGUCUGCGGCAGUGAUCUGCAUCUAUACCACGGCGUUAUCCCUCAACUCCAGAAAGGCGACGUUCUGGGCCACGAAUGUUGUGGCGUCAUUGAAUCCGUUGGCCCCGAGUCUACAAAGUACAAGCCGGGCCAGCGCGUCGUUGUCUCCUUCCCAAUCGCCUGCGGCACCUGCAAACGCUGCAAAGCGCAACUCUACAGCCAGUGCGAGAACACCAACGAGAAUACCAUCACCAAUGCCAUGUACGGUAAACGCACGGCCGGCAUUUUCGGGUACAGCCAUUUCACCGGCGGUUUCGCGGGCGGGCAGGCAGAGUACCUGCGUGUGCCGUACGGCGACGUCAACCUGUUGCCGAUUCCAGACGAUGUACCUGAUGAGAAGGCGCUGUUUCUCAGUGACGUUAUCAGCACGAGCUGGCAUUGUGUCGUGGAUACGGGGGUCAACAAGGGGGACAUUGUUGCUGUUUGGGGCGCUGGUCCAAUUGGCCAGAUGGCGGUGGAUUUUGCCUUCUACCAUGGCGCAGAAAGGGUCAUUCUGAUUGAUGGGGGCGACGGCGCAUGGAGGCUGGAGUAUGUGAAGAGCAAACUGCCGAAGGUCGAGGUUAUUGACUUCACGAACCUGCCCAAGGGGGAGUCGGUUUCGUCGCACCUGCGCAAAAUCACCGAUCACAAUCUGGACGUCUGCCUGGAAUGCGUGGGUGGAGAGUACGCCAAGGGCUGGAUUCACUUUUUCGAGCAGAUGGUAGGUGCUGAGACGGACACGUCGGAGAUUGUCAACGAGAUGAUUACGGCUGUGCGGCCGUUUGGACGAGUAGGCCUUACCGGAGUGUAUGCUGGCUACACAAAUCACUUCAACAUCGGCUCGCUCAUGCAGACCGGCGUGCGACUUAUUGGGAAUGGCCAGGCCCCUGUGCAGAAAUACUGGGGCGAUCUGAUGAACCUCAUCCAGAAGGGUGAUAUCGACCCGCUACGUAUGGUCAGUCACCGCUUCAGGCUGGAGGAUAUCGACAAGGUGUAUUCCUUGUUCAACGAGCGGAACGGGGGCGUACAGAAGGUUUACCUGGAGACUAGGCAUUCGGCGCCUGCGGCGAAGGAGGGACCGCAAUUGACGAAGUUGGAGUAAGUAUAUCACGACAUUUACAGUUGGCACAUGAUCUUCAUCUGAAGUAAAUUGCAAAGACAAAAUAAAACUUUUGCAUUCGGUGAUACUAAAGCUUGAUACAGCAAUUGAUCCUUUCCAUUUAUUUGAGUUAACCGUAAAGCUAGCUGCAAAUUUGUUACUACUACGCUAUCUAAGCCUCGCCCAAAAUAUUGUCUUCAUAAACA